AUGGCAGCUCAAGAACCCGCUCAAGAAAAAAUGCAGAUGGACAUGAGUGCUGAUAGUGCUACUGGCGAACAACCCCAUUCAGUGCCACAGCAGAACGACCUACUGCAGAUGCUAGCUGCAAUUAUCAGCCAACAGGCACAGCAAGCGCAGGCGACAGUCCAGCAGCAGAGCAACCUACCAGAUCAUGCUCGUGCUAAGAACUUAAAGAAGGUAAACUGGGGAUUAAUGAAAACACUAUGUCCAAAAAAGCUAGAUAUGGACUCCUUCUCUAGCAUUGACCUUAGGAGCUGGCAACGAGCCUUUCUUGCUUUCGCCAAGGAAGCCGAACUCACAGAGUUUGAUUGGGAUACUCAGCAGAUCGCCAUCGAGUCCGCCAUGAAACCAUCUACAUUCAACCGUGUAGAUGCGCUUCGACUACAGCUCCCUGCAGCCAAGCGACAAGACAUUAAAGAAGUGGUGGCUAUUACUUCCAGCCUAAUCGAGACAACAAAAUCUGUGUGGACAUCUCGACACCAAUUUUAUCACUUGCAUCAAAAGCCUCACCAGUCGAUUGCAAAAUUCCAUAGUGAAGUGGUGGAAAAGGUACAAGAAUGCAACUUUGAUAAAGGCUUCUGUAAUCAAUGUGCACAAGCAGCCAUUGACGACCACAUUCUGUCCAAACUUGUGUUCUGCACCGAAAAGGAAGCUGCAAGACGAGAGAUGCUGAGAGAUCCUGACCUUUCUGUAGAAAAGGCCCGAAAGAUCCUGGAAGCAGACGAAAAUGUCACAGAGACAGAGGCCCAGCUCACACAUUCUGCUAGUUCUGGGGUGAACCGAAUCAACAGAGAAAUGGAAAGGAACCCAAAUAAACCGAGGCGGUUCAGAAGCAGAAGAGCUGCACAGUCCAGAGACUACUCUCGAAAUGAUAGAGAGAAAGAAACUGAUAUGUGUAACCAGUGUGGUUACCCAAAACACCGAGACAGAGCCACUUGCCCCGCAAAAGGGGAGAAAUGCAAAUCAUGUGGUAAAUCGAACCACUUUGCAAAAGUGUGCAGAAACUCUGGCAAGAAACCAGCAUCAUGCCAUGACAAGCCAAAGAAGACGUUAAUGGGAAGCAUCAUUUGCUCCAUUAGCACUAAUGUUGACUUAGUUAAAGUCACCAUUCAUGGACAAAAUGGCCACAGCCAAGUGAAGGCUCUCAUUGACACAGGAUCGGAUUGGUGUUGCAUUGCAGAAAGCGAACUUGUGUCGGUAAAAGAAGACCCUCACAACCUAUGUCCACUAACUGCAGACAUGCAAGCUACUGAAAAUGCUAGUGGAGUACGAAUGAAACCAAGUGGAUAUUUCGAAGCCGACAUUGCCUUUGGGUGCAACGUUAUCACCCGACGUAUUGUUGUCUUCCCGGGACUUAGUGGCACAAUCCUAUCUAAGGAUGCCCUAAUCGAGCUAUCCAUAGUCAGGCUCAAUCUAGACCCACCUACUGAGACAACUCGGAAACCUGACAAUGUCCAGGUGCCUGAACAGAAGGCUAGGAUCAUAACACCUCAAACUAAAGCAACAGACUGGGUGCUUCCUAUAGUGGUGGAGCAAAAGAAGAACUCUGACGACAUCCGCCUAUGUGUAAACUUUAAGCCACUGAAUAAGUUCUCAAAGAGCGAGGUCUACGAGUCACCAUCUGUCCUGGAGACAGUUCAGAACGUUCAAGCCAACGAAGGAUCUCUGUUCACAAAAUUUGAUGCCCAGAAAGGGUACCACCAACUCAAAAUAGCAGAGGAAUCGAAGGACUUGACUACGUUCAUAACGCCGUUUGGACGUUUUAGGUAUGAGAGGGCGCCGUUCGGAAUAAACAGUAUUUCAGAGCACUACAACCGCCGCAUGUCGGAAUCCCUUCAUGGUCUAGACAACAUCGUAAGAGUGGUAGAUAAUUCCCUCGUGUAUGGAAAGAAUGAUGAAGACCACCUGAUACAUGUCCGAGCAUUCCUGGAGCGAUGUCGUGAGAGGAACAUUAGACUGAACGAAAAGAAAUUUGUAUUCAGGAAGCAAGAGAUAGAGUUUGCGGGUGUGAUCGUGAGUAAAGAUGGAUUUACCAUCAGUCCUUUGCUGAUAGAGUCACUCAGAGAAUUUCCUGAGCCUAGAAGCAUAACAGACAUGCGAUCCUUUUAUGGUUUAGCCAGCCAAAUGUCGCCAUAUGAUCCAGAAUUGGUUCAAAGUGUACACGGAUCACCGAUGACGAACAAUCGACGACUAGACGAAGUCACCAACCCGAGGCUUCGACCUUGCCUAAUGCAAGCACAUGAAUUUGACAUGGAAAUCGAAUACAACAAAGAAAACCUCAACUUUUAG